AUGUGGUUUUAUGGGCCAACCAUCUUGCUUGGUAAAGAAGACACUUGGCCUUCAAAGUAUUCCAAGGCAUUAUCAGUAAUCGACGAAGGUAUCAACAUGGAACGGAAAGGGGUGACAUCAGUCGCUGUUGCAACCACUGUACAUGAAGGAAGAGUACUUUAUAGCAUUCGAAACAAUGGCUCUUUCAAAACAUUACAAAGAGUGACAGGCUACAUGCUGAGAUUUAUCAACCCGGCCAGAAACCAAUCGCGGGAGUCAGACAUUCCCUUGACCGUACACGAAUUGGAAAAAGCGCUUGUGGUAAUCGUUCGUACAUUGCAGCAAUCGGACUUUGAGGAAGAGCUUCAGCACCUUAACAAAUACAACGAAGUUCGCAAAAACAGUUCUUUCCGCAGCCUGUCACCGUUUCUGGGCAAUAAUGGUAUCAUCCGAGUUGGAGGGCGUCUACAAGCAUCAGAAGUUGCAUACGAUGCCAAACACCCUAUGCUAAUUCCACAUAACAAUUCCCUCGCCAAAUUAUUAGUACAAAUGAUCCAUAAAGAAAACCGUCAUUGUGGACCUCAAGCGCUCUUAGCUUAUACAAGGCAAAGAUUUUGGCCUAUAAAGGGAAAAUUGCUGACACGAUCAAUUGUGCUCAACUGUGUAAGAUGCACCAAAGCUAAGCCAAAACUAAUGAGUCAAAUUAUGGGGAACUUGCCUUCAACAAUAGUAACUCCAGCAAGACCAUUCAUCAACUCAGGCGUGGACUUCUGCGGGCCAUUUUGGGUUCACUUCAUGAUAAGGGGAAAGAAACCACAAAAGGCCUAUGUAGCGGUAUUUUUCUGUUUUGCCACAAAGGCAGUGCAUUUGGAAUUAGUCAGCGACUUAACGACGGAUGCAUUUAUCGGUGCCUUGAAACGAUUUAUAAGCCGAAGAGGACAUUGUCAAAAUUUAUAUUGUGACAACGCAACCAAUUUUGUAGGCGCGAAAAACCCGCUUUCUGAACUCACUGACGUUGUUUAUGGAAAUUCAUCACGAGAAUCAAUAGUAAAGCAGUGCAGCGGAAAUGGAAUAACAUUUCAUUUUAUACCUCCUAGGACUCUACAUUUUGGCGGUUUAUGGGAAGCAGCGGUAAAAUCAGCUAAGAAUCUACUAAUAAGAAGCACCUCGACAGCGUCCUUAACGUAUGAAGAAUUGGACACGGUAAUCAUCGAGGUGGAAGGAAUCCUAAAUUCCAGACCAAUGAGCCCAAUGUCCGACAAUCCUAACGAUCUAACAGCUUUAACUCCAGGCCACUUCCUCAUAGGAGAACUCCUUAAUGCCCAAGUUGAUCCAACGUGUAGGCCACAGCAAACAAAUUUAUUAACAAGAUUGAAACUUGUUUCUCACCUCAAACGCGAGUUUUGGAAUCGGUGGUCCCGCGAAUAUUUAUCGGACCUUCAGGUGCGAAAUAAGUGGCAGACACAACACAACAACAUCAACGUAGGUGACAUGGUGAUCAUCAAAAAAGACAACACACCGGUACUGCAGUGGCCAUUAGGAAGAAUCGUCAAUGUAUAUGAAGGAAACGACGGUGUAGUGAGAGUGGCUGAUGUAAAAACUGCUAGUGGCACUUGCAAGAGGCCCAUUCAUCGGCUUGCACCCUUGCCCAAGGAAACAAAUGAUGCCACAGAACGACAAUCAACCAACAACCUGCUUGAGGAAGACAAAAUUCCAUCAAGUCCUUACACCAAGGACUUGCUACACUUCUGA